AUGAGUCUGGAAGAGAAGUUUUUCGAUAGCUUACUAGAUAUGAAUGACCUUCACUCUGCUAUGGACGAGUCAGACGAAAAGAAGAAUCAAAGAGUUAGCUGGGAAGACUUUUUGAUAGACGGUCUUGAAUCUUUAACAAGUCUUUUUGAUAAUAUCUACAUUCUCAGAAGUUUUGGAAUAAUUAGUGAGUCGAACGUUUUAUAUCAGAAGCUUAACCGUGGCGAUUUUGGUUCGAAGUUGUGGUUCAUUUCAUCUUUAUUAUCCACAAGGAAAUCUUUGAGCCAGUUAAUUGUGCUCGGGCGCUCAAGAUACAAACUCUUGAAGGAAUAUCGCCAGCUGAUGGCAUGCUGUACUAAUUCGCUUAGAAAAACACUGAUAACCAAAAUUAGACAAUCACUACGGAAAGUAGAUGUUGAAAUAAAAAAGGUAUUAUUGGAAUUGAUCCAAAACUUAGCCUAUCUACUGCUGAUUACGGUGGAUAUUUUUAAAUUGCAUCUCUCUAGAAAAUGGAAACGCCUAUUGGAGGCGAUUUCAGUCGCCGCUACAAUUCUUCGAUUAUUAAGUUCAGGGAUCACUUCCGUUCCAAUAUAG